ACUUGUGUACUCAUUUGCGUAUGGGAAAAGCUGCAUGACUCUUUCUAUUAUUCUCAAGUGUGCAUGGACACACAUACAUUUUCAAAGCAAGGAUGUAGAAGUUACGGUGAUUGUUCAUUACAGGAUGGAUUGACUGCUGAGGAGAUGGCAGCAACUAAAGAGCCUGAUGAGUCCGAGCGUAUGCAGAUGACAGAAGCGCGGUGUUCAAGAUGCACAGAAUGUAAAGUGGGUGUAAGGGAAAUCAUCCAAACAGGACAUGGAGAACGAUAUAAGUUGGAGUGCAUUGCCUGUGGUCAUUCUUGGUACGCCUCUAGGGAUGAACUCUCUAUGCUGACGAUAGAUGCGGCAACUAAUUCUACAAAAAGUGUUGGCACCGCACCAUGGGCAACUGCCAAAUUUGAAGAUGUGGAGAAGAGUCUACUCAGUCCCCGUGAACCCGAAAAAGCCACCGAGGACCUCUUCAAGAAAACGAGUGAAGCAUACAUGCCCGUAUUGGAUAGCCCGAAAUCAAACAAGUCUAGAAAGGAAGAUAACACAGAACCUGCUAAAAAUGCACAGUAAGGCAUCUGACCUUGUUUUAUGUUUUGUUUACACUUAGGUUCGAUCGCAGU